UAUAACUGAAGCUAAGCCCGGCCCAGGUCCUUCCCUAUGGCCGAGGCUGCCUUUGCGGUUCAUCUGCAGCGGCGGCUCGUAGAGCUAACAGAGAGGCUGAAUCGUUGGCGAGAAGACGGAGAGUUUGGCGAUGCUUUCUUAAUCCAGGCCUCUGCUACCCUGGAAAACCUAGCAGAACUUUCUGAAGAGCCCAGGGAAAGCUGCACACACUCCAGACUUAUGCAACUUUAUACGCAGGCACUAUUGGAUAUCACAUAUUUUGAAGAAAACCAGCUUGUUGAUGAAGAGUUCCCAGAAGAAUCCUCUCUGCAGAAAGUUGAGGAACUAAUUUGUGCACUUUCUGAGCCCGAGGUCUUGGUCAAUGAAAGUGGCAUUUCCCAAGAACCAGUUGAAGUGCUUGGACUUGAGUUGCUGGAAUGCCUUUAUUGGAGAAGAGGUGCCUUAAUCUACAUGUUUUGCCACACAGUUAAAGGAAGAAAGGAAUGGUUGAGGAAGGAGACUGAUUCACUUAAAAAGUUCCUUAGGGAAGGAAUCCAUUACUUGAUAAAGAUGCUUGAUUUUAGAUGUUCUGACAACCCAAAUGAGGAAUUCCUAGUUCAGGAAACAGGCGCAGCUAUGUUGGUCAAUGAAGGUAUUUUUAGCGAUACCCAUCUGCUGGCAAUGAUGUACUGUGGAGAAAUGUGUUACUGGGGGCUGAAGUACUGUGGAGAAGAGAAGCCAGAUCAGGGCACAGAGACAGAACUGCGUAGAGAAUCGCCGGGCAGUUCACACAGCAACAUCUUGGACUUCCAGGAAAUUGGAGAGAAAAUGUUAACAAAAUACAUAGCAGUGUGUGAAGGACCUUUAAGAUCACAUGGUUGGGAUACAAAGAACGCUAAGCGCAUAUUGGACUAUUUUAAACAACUGUCAUCCUAACUGACAUAAGCAGAUGAUGUGUGUACUGAAAGCAAGCAUUAAACUGAAGGAAAUGA